AUGGAGGGCGGCCGCAGCAAUUUUCCUGCUGCCCUGAUGCACUUGUUUUACUACCAGCAGGGCUUGUUCGCAGAAGAGGAGACAAGCUCCACCUGGAACUUGCUUGGCCAGGUGGUGUCGCCAACAACACCGCCACGGCAGCCCGUGGAGUCCCCCGGCGUCGAGGAAAUUCAGCUACCUCGUGGCGAAAGCGCUGAAGCAGGUGCCGCCGCUGAGGAGCCUGAAGAUCGCGAGAGCAGGCUGAGGUCACUUCGAAUGAGGCGUGCAGAGCUGGAAUCCAAACUGCAGGCAGGCGCGCUGCGUGCAGAGAACGAGGUCCUGGAAGAUCGCGUGAUGCGGGCUCAGGAGGAUUUCUUGGGCUUGCAAGCGGAGUUCAAGGCCAUGAAGGAGCAGCACAACGAACGCCUGGAUUCGCUUCGGCUGGCUUUGGAGGAGCAGCAGAAGGAUGCCGAGCAGGCGGACCGGCGCGUGGUCUGUGCUGAGGAUCUGGUGCGCUUUCACCAGGAGCAGAGGAGGAUGAUGGCGAGCCAUUGGAAGCAGCAGUGCCAGAUGAAGGACGAAAGGAUCCGAUACCUGAAUCUUCAGCUGACAGAGUACACGAUUGAUUGGCAGCAGCUGGGUGUCCAAAGACAAACAGAGGCAAGCCUGUCCCACGAGCACUACUGCCUGGAGGACCGUCAUCGACACCUCCUGCAGACCCAGCGGAGCCUGACAGCAGAAACCUCGAGGCUGGAGUCGCAGCUCCAAGAGGCGAAUGCCGAGGAAGCUCGCCUGACGGAGGCGCUGCGCCUCGCCGAGGUCAACCUCGGUGAAGGAUGCCAGCAAAGUCCUGGUUCUGAGGAGACUGCCGCCGAUGUGGCAGAGCCACGGGUGCAACGGUGGAAGGAGCUCGUAGAAGCACCGAAGUCCCAUCGGUGCAUCUGGCGAGACGAAUUGGAUGUCAGGGAAAGCCAGCUUGAGAAGAUCACGGCGCAGCUGGAGCGCACCGACACUGCGUUGAGGAGCGCCCAGGUGGCCUUGGCCACGCAGCGGGCGAAACAUCAGGAGAUGAAGACCCGCCAUGGCGAUGCGGAGUCCAAGCUUCGCGAGAGCGAGCGCCUCCGUGUCCAAAGCCAGCGCCGGUGCCAGGAGCUUGGCAGGGCAGAAGCUGCCAUGCUGCGGCUUCUCGAGGCCGUGGAAGCUCAUGGCCCAAAUGCUCCAUCAGGUCCCUCCACGCCGCAGACUCAGCCAAGCUUGAGCCUGCCCGAGUGA